CGCAUAAAUCGUUUUUCUGGAACAAACCAAAGGCCCUAUAACCACCGCAGUCUGCAGCAUCAAUCCACCGAGGCAUCCAUCCAUCGGAUAAACACCGUAAGGAAUCUUUUGCUCGAAGAUCGAUUCCCUUUACUUCUACUACUACAACUACUCUUCUCCGGUGACAAUUAUCAGUUUAAUGUGUCUGUGAACUGGGGGACUCAUCUUCAUUCGUUGAAUUAUUUGGUUCAGUGAGCAGUAGCCGCCAAUGGCUGCUUUGUUGUCCAGUGAUCCUAUGCAUUUUGGCAUGUAUGAAGGUGGUCCAUAUAGGCCUGCCGAUGAUAAAGUAGAAGAAAAUGGUGGCCGGUGGUAUUUUUCUCGCAAAGAAAUUGAAGAGAACUCUCCAUCAAGGCCAGAUGGCAUUGAUUUGAAGAAGGAGACUUAUCUACGCAAAUCGUAUUGCACAUUUUUGCAAGACUUGGGUAUGAGGCUCAAAGUGCCCCAGGUAACAAUUGCUACUGCUAUAAUCUUUUGUCACCGUUUUUUUCUCCGUCAAUCGCAUGCAAAGAAUGACAGGAGGACGGUUGCCACUGUCUGCAUGUUUCUUGCAGGCAAGGUUGAAGAAACUCCUCGUCCGUUGAAGGAUGUUAUCCUUGUUUCCUACGAAAUCAAUCACAAAAAGGAUGAAGAGGCAAUUCAAAGAAUCAAACAGAAGGAAGUAUACGAAAAACAAAAGGAGUUAAUUCUACUUGGAGAACGGGUCGUUCUUGCGACUCUUGGGUUUGAUUUUAAUGUGCAUCAUCCAUACAAACCGCUAGUCGAGGCAAUAAAGAAGUUCAAGGUUGCCCAAAAUGCCCUUGCUCAAGUUGCAUGGAAUUUUGUGAACGAUGGGCUUCGGACAUCUCUCUGCUUGCAAUUUAAGCCUCAUCAUAUUGCGGCCGGGGCUAUUUUUCUUGCCGCCAAGUUCCUCAAAGUUAAGCUCCCUUCUGACGGUGAGAAAGUUUGGUGGCAGGAGUUUGAUGUCACCCCACGACAAUUGGAGGAGGUCAGUAACCAAAUGUUAGAAUUGUAUGAGCAAAAUAAAAUGGCACCUUCUCAAACUAGUGAAGUCGUCGACGGUGCAGGUGGUGGGGUUACUCAGAAGGGCCCUACACGACCUGUUUCUGCUGAUGAAGAUGGUACAAACAACAGUAAUUCCAAACCGAGUACCUCAAACCUUGCAUCAUCGAGGCCCCCAGCUGAUCAGUCGUAUCCAGAUAAUCAUAGUGGCCCAUCAAGAGCGUCUCAAAACAGAAGUAAUGACUAUGGAAACACAGACGCAAAGGGAGACACUGAAGUCAAUGAAAGUCAACAGCGUUAUAGGCCAGAUGAUGGUAAUGGUUCUGAAGGACAUGGCGAGGAAGUUCGAGAAAGAAGGGAACCAGGGGAAGUAAAGGAGAAACACAUUGGACGGAAUCUGGAUUACAAAGGGCAAUCACCUCAAGAUGCUAUAAAAAGGAUUGAUAAAGACAAGGUUAAAGCAGCUCUUGAGAAACGAAGGAAGAGCCGUGGUGGUGAUGUAACCCGAAGAACAGAUUUUAUGGAUGAUGAUGAUUUAAUUGAGAGAGAGUUAGAAGAUGGUAUAGAGUUGGCAGCUGAAUCAGAGAAAAGCAAGCAAGAUAAAAAACAUAAUUGGUCUAAACCAUCAAAUGCGGUGGAUGAGGAUCUUGAAGAUGGUCAAUAUCAUUCUUCAUCAAAAGCACAUACAUCACGAAGUCAAGAUAUUGACCUCGUGGAAGAAGGGGAGGUGGGGAUGUUGGAUGAUGGAGAGAGGGGGUAUAGGUCACCAAAGUUUAGUAAUCGGAAAAGGAAGGGUGGAGGAACCCCGCCUGAAAAACGGAGGAAAAACUAGAAGUCAAAUAUUCUUAAAUCUUGCUGGAUCUUAUAUCAACAUAUAUGUUUCGGAGAGAACAUCUGGUAUGCAGUUACUGUACUUGUGCAAACUAAAUUUUGGUUUCUUUAUCCUUUAUUGGUCAUGAAAUUAGACCAUUUAAUGAGCUUCAUUCGCCAAGCGUCUUUUUGUCUUGUCGUCCUCGUAUAUUUUGUUCUUGCUUUUCCUAUAAACUGUUGGUACUGAUAGCAAUGCCAAUGCAGCAUAAUUUACUUUCUAAA